UUGAGUGGAAAAUCGAAAUAAUGACAAUAGAAAUGUCAAACUAAACUGAAUCAGACCAUUAUAAAUCCCUCCACCUUUAGCUUUCACGCAAAAUCGAAUUCAGGGCAAAAUUGAUGGCUGCCGGGCUCUGAUGAUGACGCGAGAAAAACUAUAGGGAAAAAACCUCACUCCAAGUUCGUCUGUGAUCGAUCGAUCGUUUUAACAAAUUUUAGGUAUCUUGUCGAGCUUCUUGACUUGGGCACUAUUGUUCUUGUUGCGACCGUUCAUAUUUGCCCUUGGCUUUGCAUUUUGAUCUUGUCUUCUCGGCUUGGUUUCUUCGAAGGUAUUCGAUGGGCUUUCUUAUGAGAAAUACAUGAAUGCGAUCACUACGAUUUCUUGCAGAUGUGGUUAAAGUAGCUCUGUGUAAGGUCUAUAGGUUUUGGAUUACUGUGUUAAUGCCAAAGUGCUAUGGUUUUAUUACUGAGGAAGUUCUUUGUCUGAAAAUUUGAAUGGAAAGGGAUUCGGAGAGUGAUUUGCUAAGUGAAUUGCCACAGAGCAUUCUAGAAACGAUCCUCACGAAACUGCCGAUUCGCGAUGCUGUAAGAACGAGCAUCUUAUCGUCCAGGUGGAGAUACAAAUGGGCUUCCCUGACACACCUUGUGUUCGAUGACAGAAGCACGACUCAGUACAACGACAGAGCUCUUGUUCAGGACAGGAUUGUGAAUUUCAUUACAAGAUUUUUGUUUCUCCACGACGGGCCGAUCCACAAGUUCUUCCUAACCAGCUCGUAUCUGGAAACCUCUCCUGAUAUUGAUCAGUGGAUGCUUUUUAUUUCGCGGAAAGAUGUCAAAGAGUUGGUUCUUGAAUUGGGAGAAGGCGAGUGGUUCCGGGCGCCAUCUUCUAUCUUCUCUUGCAAGAAUCUUACACGCCUGGAGCUUGUCCGGUGUGAACUGAACCCUCCUGUUCAUUUCAAAGGUUUCUUGUUCUUAAAAUACCUAAAUCUUCAGCAAGUUCUGAUUCCCCCGGAAGAUAUCGAAUAUCUCAUUUCAAGCUGCCCCUUGCUCGAGAGCCUGACAUUGUCCUACUUUGAUAGCUUAGAGCUGACUGUCAGCGCUCCGAAUCUGAAGUUCCUAAUUUUGGAAGGCGAGUUUAAGGAUUUAUGUCUCAUUAAUACCCCACUUUUGGUGGCGAUAUCAGUUGCCAUGUACAUGACUGACGACAUAGCCGAACACUUUGAGCAAAGCUCAAGCUGCAACUUUGACAAGUUUUUAGGCGGCGUCCCAAAGCUUGAAAGGCUUAUCGGACAUAUAUACUUUACAAAGUAUCUAAGCAUAGGUAACAGUGAAAGACACAAUCGAAUUACUUACCAUAAUUUAAAAUUCGUGGAGCUUUAUCAAGUUAGCUUUGAUGACUGGAAAGAAGUCCUCGUUGUGCUUCAGCUGAUCGUGAAUUCCCCAAAUUUAGAAGUUCUUCAAAUCUCCGGUUCUUCAAAUCCUUCGGCUGCUGUAGAAUCGCCCGACUUUGCUAUGUGGGAGGAAAAGAUUUCGUGUGGCAAUAAGCUGAACAGCUUGAGAACUGUGAAAUUGUCUGAGGUGUGCGGUGUGCCUCUUGAAAUGAAAUUCAUCAAGUUUCUGCUCGAGCAUUCCCAUAGUCUCGAAGAAAUGAGCAUUACGCCAAGUUUGUAUGCGACACAGGGAAAAUUGAAUAUGCUGAUUGAUUUGGUUAGCUUUCGGAGAGCUUCUCCACGAGCAUCCAUAACUUUUAUUCACGAAGGUGCUUGAGGUUAGUUGCAACUUAUAGCCCUUAACUUAGUUAGAGUUUCUUGAAAAUCAGACAACCUAAAGGAAAUGUGACUUGCUGUUUUGCUUCUCCUUUCGAUUUACAUUACAUUUGUACAGAACGUGUUGGGGGCGAAAGCCAUUCUUGUAAUGAACUCAUUGUUGUCUUAAUUUCCAGAA